CUGGUGGGCUGAAGCGGGACGUGGGCCCGCCCACCUCACCUGUGGCCGUGGCUCCCUUUCUUCUUCCCUCCGCCUCCGCCUCAACUUCUUCGCAAGGCGAUGGAGUUCUCGUCGAGGUUUCGCCUGCUGAGGCCCCUCCUCCUUCUGCGCCCCCACUUCCCCGCCCGCUCCAGAGCCCUUCAAACCCUAGCCCGCUCCCCUUCCUUCCUCCUCUUGCGCCCGCACCGCUUCCCUCCUCCUCCUCAUCGCUCCCCGCUCCUCCUCCUCCUCCGCCCCUUCUCCUCCGUUUCCCCGGCCCCCGGGGCGGACCACCUCGACUCCAAGGACCAUGGGCCCCCGCCCGCGCCCUUGCCUCCGCCGCCGCCAGAGGAGCUCGCAUCCGACGACGAGGCCUACUACCACGAGCACCUCCUCGAGGUCGCGCAGGAGAACCAGACCCGGGUCGUCCCCGUCAAGGCAUUCUUCCUAUGCACCAGUAUCGACAUGAGGAGUCUCCAGUCACACAACUCGUUCAAUGUUAUCCCACCCACAUCGCGUGCCACCAACUACGUCGUCCUCAGAUACUAUGAUGUCAAGGGAGACCCCGAGGGUUUUAAAUCUGGUGUCAUAGAUGAGAGCCAUUGCCACUACAUGGUGGUUUUCCAAUAUGGGUCCAUUGUGCUGUUCAAUGUUUCUGAUCACGAAGCAGAUGGAUACCUAAAAAUUGUCGAGAAACAUGCGACAGGAUUGCUUCCAGAGAUGAGAAAAGAUGAUUAUGCAGUUGUUGAGAAGCCUACAUUAGAGACGUGGAUGCAGGGCGGACUUGACUACAUUGUGCUUAGGGACCUGAGUAUUGAUGGAAUCCGUACCAUUGGAAGUGUCCUUGGUCAGAGUAUUGCUCUUGACUACUAUAUCCGUCAAGUGGAUGGAAUGGUAGCUGAGUUUACAGAUAUCAAUCGUGGAAUGGAAAAAACUGGUACCUUCACUAUGCAGAGGAAGAAGCUUUUCCAGCUCGUAGGAAAGGCUAACUCUAACUUGGCAGAUGUUAUUCUUAAGCUUGGACUCUUUGAGAGGUCUGACAUUGCCUGGAAAAAUGCAAACUAUGCUCAAAUUUGGGAAUACCUUCGUGACGAGUAUGAGUUAACCCAAAGAUUUGGAAACCUUGAUUUUAAGUUGAAAUUUGUUGAGCACAACAUCAGGUUUCUUCAGGAGAUCCUUCAGAACAGGAAGUCAGAUUUUCUGGAAUGGCUUAUUAUCAUCUUGAUCAGUGUGGAGAUCUUGAUAUCUGUUUAUAACAUCGUCCAGGAGCAGAUGUAGGUCAGAAGGUCCCUCCAUUAUGGGAUUGGAUUGGAUUCGAUGCUGGGACUGAAUCCUCAUCGAUCACAUGUUUUGUUUGUGGAAUUUUCAUUUUCGUUACCCAUUGGCAGCCUUUUGUAAGGAAGAAGAAUACUUGAGAGUAGAUCCGAUUCGUAAUGAAAAAUGAUCACAUAUAUAGGUUUA